AUGCCGCCCACGACAGCUUUUGCCGCCGCCGCUGUGCCGCCGCGUCGGGUGCCGACCACAGACCCCACGAGCGCUUUGAGGACAAAGAAGCGGACGGCGACGAGGACGGCGACGACGCACAAGUGCGUGCGGUGGUCGACUGUGACGGUGUACGAGUUUGGGGUGACGUUGGGCGGCAGUGCAGUGCCCCGUCGAGGCGGUCCGUCCAUCGGUCUCGCGCGCACGCCGCAGUCCGUGUGGCACACAACGCUCGAGAGGGUGCGCCGGUGUGGCGACUUGGGGCUCACGCGGCCGCGCGCAGCUGUGGUGGCGGCCGACAACGAGAGCGGUGGACUGCCGCUGCACGAGCCGAAGAAGCUGCGCGUGCGGCGCGUGCGGUGGCUGAAGCCGCUCGAGCGCAUUACGAUGUUGACGAGCGCUGGCUGCAGCGAGGAGCGCAUUUACCGCAUGAUGAUGGAGAGCUCGGACAUUGCCAUGUCGAGGCGGCUGUGUGUGUCGAUGCAGCGCCAAGUGGCGGCGUGA